UCGAUGUUAGGGUCCAGCAGAAUUUGUAACAUGACAGUAACUUCUCUCUCGUUGUCUGACCCGUAAAUGACCAUCAACUGGUCGUAAGUGUUUCCAUUCUUCUCUCGUCCAGAUUUCUGCACCCAGCGUUGUCAAGCUUGAAAGGCGAUUCACAAGUGUCUACGCAUGAGUUCCAGCACACAAUUUUUCUUAUUUGAACCUGCGUGAGAGUUUUCGCUCAGAUCAACUCGCAAGUGACUAUGUUGCUCCCUUCUGAGCUGUUGCAGAUUGCUGAUGCAGAGAUGACGGUCAUAUACAUCAUCCUCUGAAUUUUUUUGUUGCAAUGGUACUCGAAACGGAAAAGAGUCGACCUGGAGAUCCAUGGGAAACUUUACCUAUCGAAUAUCUGAUCAAAGUUCUCAGAGAUCAUGGUCUGCCAGUUUCCACACUUGCAGCAUGUCGUUCAGUCUGUAAAAAGUGGAUGGAAAUCGUUGAUGGUCCUGAUUUACGGAACAAAAUCUGGAAUAAACAUGUCAUUGUCUAUAUUGAUCCUUGUCAUGACGGCACGGCCUUCUUUUGCUGCAGUGAUCAAUGGAUCACAAGGGAUUUUACAUUUGAAUCCAACUGUUUUAUCGCUGCUGAUGGAGGCCUCCUGUGUUUUAAUGAACCUUUUUCAACAGAGUAUGUUCUGUAUAACCCAGUUCCUGAUAAAUUCCUGACCCUGAACGUACCUUAUGAAAUCGAUGCAAUACCUGCGAUCAUUGAUGGUAUGUUCAAACGUACAGUGGUGGGUUUAGUUGUGGACCGAUAUACAAAACACUUCAAGCUGGUUUUGGGAGGAGUUCUAUUCCCAGAUGAGCGCAGAUCCUUGAUUUACGACUCGAAGACCCGCACAUGGUCGUGGCUUCAUCAUCCGUUGCCUGCUAACUUGGAACUGGGCUGGCAAGGAGGGAGAUGUGUAUCAUGCGGUGGAUGUCUGUAUUGGCUCGUAUGGAAUCAUAGGGACCAGAUGAAGGCUCUCUUGAUAUUUGAUCUGCAAGAGGAGAAGUGGAAGGCCUUGUUAGAGAAAUUCGAGAAGGACAAGCCAGGCUGCCUUCAGAUUGCUGCGUAUGAAGGACAUGUGUGCUUACUCGUCAUGGAUUGGUUUCCUCUCGACGGGCUGUUCGAUGGCAGGAGCUAUGGUGGCGCAUUUCUCCGGCAUCCAAUGGUCCGGGCAAUGGAUGGAGCUCUGAUCGGGAGAACUCGAGAACUAUGGGAAGGGGAAGAAGAGCAUGAGUGGAUAACACAGCCGCGGAGAGUGCCGCAAGAGGAAGUGCUGGAAGCUCCGAGAGGAGAGGCUGCGCCUGAAGGUCAAGCAGGAGGAGAGGAGGUGUCGGAAGGCUCAGGAAACGAGGAGGCAGUGGAAUUCCCGGGAGAAGAAUGGCAGCUUUUGGAGCUCCAAGAAAGAUCAAUUUCUUAAUCAGAAUUAUAUAAUUGUCUGAAAAAAUCGAUAGCCAGGAUUGUUCGAAUCUUGAGGAAACUGGAGGCUUUGAAAAUAUUUUCCUCUGCUUGCGUUAUCAUGGUCUUCAACUGUAUAAGUAGUCCUCUACUUGAAGGAAGUUGACUCAUAAACUCAUGACUGGUUGCAUCCUCAAUUGUU